AUGCAGCACCACGAAACCGAAGCAAAGCUCACUUCACCUUCUGACGCGGAUAAGUCUCCUUCGACGAACAUGGCAGCAUUGUCUUCUUUACCAGAGGAGCUGCUCGAUGAGAUCACGGGGUAUACAACAAAACCAAGCGACCUCGCUCAUAUGAGCCUCGCGUCGCACCAGCUGCGACGUAUCGCGAAUGAAAAGCUCUACACCAACCUUGCCCUUAACGAGCGUUACUCCGGAAGCUACCACUGUGCGGUCGAACAAGUCUUCUCCUUUGCGCUCGCGCUUCUUCACCGGCCUGAACUAGCAUCUAGCGUUCGCAAGCUCUCGAUGAGUCUUAUAAGAGGGCAGCCAACGUCACCUCCCAAAUGGUCAUCUGACGACAUCACUAAAGCACUACGAGUGAUCGACGAUAUGGGUACCAAAGGCACUGGUUGGGCCAUCCGUGUGCCAGACUGGAAAGCGCGCUUACUUUCUGGCGACGGCAAAGCUUGUGGUGGUCUUAUUCUCGCUUUACUUCCAAAUCUGGUCGAGCUGGAGAUAGAGAUCCUUGCCACUAUGCCUGACUUUCGUGUAGCGGACGACGAUGUAGAGUAUAACGAACGCAUUGUAUGGUCCCAUCAGCGUUACGCAGAGGAUCCUCUCGACAAACUCUUUGGAAAGCCUGGGUACUAUCUCUUGGAAUUUCUAAAACCCAAAAGCACCGAUCCGAUCAUGUCCUCUCGGAUGAAAGGCAUCCUCAACGCAAGACUUAGGAACCUUGUCAACAGACCAGCUUUGGAUUUAUCCCAGAUCUGUGGCCUCAAGAAACUCGAAACUUUGCGGUUCUUCGGCAGCCGUCUUGACAAGCAAUGGUGUACUCUGCCGAAGCUGCAGUGCUUAGAGGUCGCUCGAGAAUGCAGGGUCCCGUCUUCAUUCGUCGCUCCUGCUGUUGAUACUCUUCAACUUGAGCUCGCUAGCUGUGUAGCAAAGGAAGUUGAUCACAACGGGGCGCUAAAUGGCGGUUUUCUUUCGGCCACAUCGUUCCCACGGUUGGAACAUCUCUCCAUCCAGCUCACCAACUUCCACUCGUCUGGCGGCUUCUCUAUUGUCAAACCUAUCCUUAAAGACUCCAAGCGUGCAAAGAUGAGUGCGUACGAUAGCUUCGACCAAGACUUCUUGAAGUGGAUGGGACCGGUCCCCACCUUUGCUCUCUUCAAGCAGCUGGAAACCCUUACUAUACCACAAGUUCUUCUUCUUGGCGAUGGUUUUCCGAAUCCUUGCAAGCUUCUUCCUGCUAGCAUCCAGGUGAUUGAGCUUCUUCACCCAAGCGUCAAGGCGUUUGCUUGGCUCGACGCGCUCAACAAAGCUCACCACUUCUUCCAGGACCUGAAAGCUGUGUAUCUGAUCUUCGAAGACGCCCAAAAUGACCAGUGCGUCACGAUGUACGAAAAAUACAGCGAUUGGAUCGCGGGUCGCGAGAUGCACUACGAAGUGAUCCUGCAAAGUCCUCCUGCCGAGCGCGCCAUAUGUGACACAGUACCCGACGAGGAAGACCCACGAGCCUAUCGAAUAUGGGCACGCGCUGAUGAGCGGGUAAUACCAUCUUUCGACGAUGAAGAAGCCUUUCCAACACUUGUGUCAUUCACCGAUGACUCAGAGGCAACUCAGAGACGGCAAGCUAGCCACACUUUCCGCGUCUCAUACGCCUCAUACGCAAAGGACUGGUAUCAAAAGAUACGUAUCGCGACUCCUAGGGCCUCCAAACAAGUAGAUAAUGACUCGACCGCUUGA